AUGGCCAACUUUGCGCGGAGCCUGCGGCUUUCGGGGCUCAAGCUGUUCGAGGUCGAGCGCGACGGCAACUGCUUCUUCCGAGCGAUUGCCACCGGGCUCGGCGAACACCAGGGGUGCCACGCGAGCUACCGGGAGAGGGUGGUGUCGCACAUGGAGGCGCAUCCGGACGACUACACGCCGUUCCUCACCUUCGGGGAGGGCGACGAGGAGGACGACGCCGACUUCGAGCAGUACCUCUCUCGCAUGCGGCGGGACGGCGAGUGGGCGGGUCAGCCGGAGCUUCUUGCGGCGGUGCAGGCGCUGCGCGUGCACCUGGUGGUCUACCAGGAGGAGAGGCCGUCCUACCGCAUCGAGUGCGCCGACAAGGCCGCCGGCUGCGUCCGCGUCUCUUACCACGACGGCGAGCACUACAACGCCGUCCUG